AGCCAUGUUGAAUUCUGAGGAUAUUGUGCUGACCUUUUUAUUCUGUGCCCUGGUGUUGGUUGGUCUAGUUGGCAAUAUCUUGGUCUGUUUGGUGGUUUAUUCAUACAGAAGUAUGCGGACACCUAUGAAUUACCUUCUUGUAAACUUAGCAGUGGCUGAUAUCUUGGCAGUGACCUUUAUCAGCCCACAGUAUGUUUUUAUCCAUACAUUUAGUCAUCCUAUUGGGAUGACUGGCGAUUUGAUAUGUAAGUUUAUUACUGGUGGGAAUCUCUCCUGGAUUGGAGGCGUUGCCUCGGUGUUCUCGCUCGUUGCAAUCUCAUUUGAACGUCAUCAAGCAGUUACAAACCCUUACAGUGCCGUAUCCAAAUUUUCCAUGUCAAAAGUAAAGAUCAUUGUCAUCUUUUGCUGGAUUUUUACCAUUGCCUUCAACCUUCCGUUGUUCUUCGCCAUAUACUACGACAAAGAGAAUAUGUUCUGCCUAGAAGCAUGGCCAAGCCCAGGCUAUGGCAAGGCGAAUUCCACAAGUUGGCUCGUAGUUGUCGGAAUCAUCCCAGCCACCAUAAUGAUAUCCUUGUACGCUAGAGUCGUCCACGAUCUGUGGUUUAAGAAACUAAACGGUAACGUGCAAAUAGCAGUGCGAAAGUCGAGAAGAAAAGUUACAAAGAUCGUCUUGAUUGUAAGCGUUAUUUACGCCGUGAGCUGGUUUCCUCAAUUGAUUCUGUACCCCCUUAGUCACUAUCACCAUGCUUAUGAGUUCGGAGGUAUCCCGUACAUAACGUCCGUUGUCAUGGUGACAUUUAACUCCGCCAUAAACCCUGUUAUAUACGGCUUCCAAAGCGAACGAUUCCAGCAAUACUUUAAACAGCUGCUAUUUUGCCGGCAGAGGAGAGGUUUCCUAGUUACUCCUCUGGUCGUUAACGCGCCGCGGCCAAUUAGUGAGAGUCUAGUAACUGCAAAUCAUGAGGUAAUAGGUCCUGAGUCGACUAAAGAUUGUGGGAAGAUGGCGGCUGAACGACGCAUCGAUUGUCUAGAGAAUGCUUGGGUUUCUGACCGACAGUAACACGCCAAACUAAGUUUGGUGGUAGCUCGUCCAUACUGCUGUUUUUCUUUUUGGUUCGCUGUGGAGAGAAAAUAGAUUUCAAUAUGCCCAAAUUUUCCCUAUGAGAAACCAUUCUACGCUAAAAUUGCAAAUAACUUUAUACAAAAUGUCUGACUUGAAUUUUCUGGAGUUUUUUUUUAUAAACUAAACCUAUAAUUAUAGGAAAAUGGAAUAUUCUAUAUCGUGUAAAAAGACUGAGGAAACCCCGAGUAACCAAGACACUUUAUUUAAUUUUUGCAGUUACUUUUCAACUCCGUUGUUAAAUAUUUUAAACAAAUGU